GCGCUGGCUGAGACGGCAUGAGAUGGACGAUUCCUUGACGUGCGGCUAGCCUCUUACCCCAGUGGCCUCAUGAUUGUCGUGUUUUUGUCCUAGCAAGGGCCCCGAAAGCUGCGUAUUCCAUACCGUCUACUCGACUCGGCCCAACGGUUCCAAGGUUCGCUCGUGGGCUGUUCUACCACGCAAGGCUAGAUACCCCGAGAUCGUCGUCACGCGUCCCCUUCACCCCAGCGGUUCCAUAGCUGCAAAUUCCUAGUCGACAGCAUCCACUGAGUCGCAUCCGAGUGGGCGCGCACUCCCGCUUCAUCAAGCCUCGCCGUCCGCGCACCCCCUGCUUGUCUCCACUGCCAUAGGCCUUAAUUUGAACUUACAUCUUACGCUGUACCGUGGGCGUGCUUUCUUCUUCCUAACGUCCUGUUCGCGAUCAACUUGUACAUUUUGAGCCAGAGAAUGCUUCUGGUCCAUCGUCCUAUAGCGUCGCUAUGUCCACCGAAGUGUCGCAGUCACUGGCCGCCGCAAUGGCUAGACCUCAGAUCGGUAUCGACCGACUUCCCGCCCGCCGCGUUUCGAACGAGCCCCGAGAGGCCAUGAACUGCAAGAGUUGUCGAAAGCGAAAGAUCAAGUGCAAUCGCACAAGGCCGACUUGUGAAGCCUGUCAGGUGUUCAACUGUCCGUGUAUAUAUGACGCUGUUCCCAAAAAACGAGGACCAAAGACAGACGUCCUCGAGGCCCUUCUGAAGCGUGUUGACGGCCUGGAAAAGCGCCUGGUUUCCGAAGGAAAGAGCGAUGACCCAACCGAAACCGACCCCGCCUCCCAGGACAACAACACCGCCGUCGACACCAAACCAAAAGAUCUCGCAUCGUCGCAAUCCCCACACGAACCAUCGCCCCGCCGCUCGAGUGCCACCAACCAUGCGAAUCAGUUGAUGUCGCCCAUUGAGCCAAGUAUACAAUCGCCUACCCUAGCUCCCGACCUGCUUCUAGACACCUAUUUCGCCAGAAUUCAUGGAAAGCCCUACUAUAUCCUGGACGAGUCGACCACGAGACAGCGACUACAGGCCAAUCAGCUUCCCGGUCACUUAGCCUAUGCUAUUUACGCCGUGAGUGCUAGAUAUGCACCCCACUUCGGAGGAUACAGCUCUGCAGUGCGCAUCGGACAAGAGUAUGCCCGUCGUGCUCGGCUGGAACUUGAGAUAGAUGAGCCCUCUAUCGAAACCUUGCAGACACUGAUGCUGCUUUCGCAAGCAAGCUUUCAGUUAGGCAAGGGCAAGAAGACGUUUAUGUUGCUGAAUUCCGCUAUCAGCAUGGCGUUUGCGCUCGACCUACAUCGCGAACUACCAACCGGCAUGAAAGUCACACCUGCCGAACGUGAAGGGCGACGCCGACUAUUCUGGUCGUGUUACCUCAUGGACCGUUUCGCUGCAACCGGCUCCAAGCGACCUUCGUUAAUUGCGGAUGAAUCAAUUGUGCUACGAUUGCCGAGCUGGCAGCUGCACCCCGGCGCGAUGCUGAUAGACGGUGACUACUUUCCAAACGGAUGCAAUUUGCAGUUCAUGGGCGGCACUGGAAAAGGCGGACAAGGAAGUAUGGGUAUGCUGAUUGGCAUAGCACGCAUCCUGGGUAUAACAAAUCGCUACCUUGCAGCCGGUGGUGUCAAGGGUGAUUCACACUUUCCCUGGCACUCAUUAUCCAACCUAUCCAAAAUCCGCCAAGAACUCGACAUAUGGGCAUCGGAGACACAAGAUACCUUUACCUCCAUCGAGGCUCUCUUUGGUCAACCCGACAGUACCAUACUUGUUCUCAGCAAGUUGAUUUACCACCUCAUACAUUGCCUCAUCUAUCGGCCUUUUCUCCCUGUAGACUUGGCCGAGCUUUCUGGGACGUCGCAACACCAACCCUGGCAGAUCGAAGCGACCAACCUAUGCUUCCUUCAUGCAAAUGCCAUUGCCGAACUGGUUGAAAUAGGCAGGGCUUCUUCUAUCAUAGAUUGGCCGGCCUUCGUUGGUUAUUGUAUAUGCACAGCGGGCACGAUACAUGUGCAUGGAGCACACUACCCAGGAAGAGAAGGAGAGGUUUUCUCAGUCAGUGCAGAAUUUCUGUCUCGUGAGAUGCAGCAACUGUCCGAGCUUCGCUUCAUCUGGGCUGGAGCUCAGCAUCAGCGAGACACACUGCAAACUAUUUACGGAUGUCACACAGAGCUUGUCCAAUCAUUGGCAAGCAAUCCUAUGCGCUAUGCGCCGGUUUUUCAACUCGAAGACUUCUUCGACAGGUACCCUGGCCAGAUCUUCGAUGGAGCGCAUGUUACGUUUUUGGAUAUAGCGGUCGAAUCCAUUCACGAAGGCCUUGCAACCUUCAACAUCGAACAACGCAAUAACAUGUACAUGACUAGCGGCGUCAUUGGGAACGCUCAAGGCUACCAAAAGCAUUCCGCGCCCUCACAACAACCACAAUACUCUAACGCCACUCAUCCGCCUACUGUACAUACUCACAGACCUUCCGAUGCCGGUACUUCGGAAUCAAACCCAAGCCCGGGAGAUACUAGAGCGCAUCCUAAUGAAUCCAGUGUGCCACCCUAUACUCCACCGUUACCGAGCAAUUCUUUGAAUCCACCGAGUGCUAACGGUGGUGGACUUGCUCUUCCUUUUUCGCCAAACUUUUCGUUUUCACCACUGCCGCAGUUUGCGAGUCUGGCGCCAUCACCAGUUCCGCGGACAGCGAAUCUCAACCAAAACCAGGAUAACAGCCAUCCGAUCCAUUUCGACCCUAUGCUGAGUAUGCCGACGCCAUACGACCAGCAGCCGACCCCCGGUGCUGGAAGCACAUCAGGCGCGUCAGUGCAUACAGAUCCUGACAGCAAGGAUCCUUUCCUCAGCUUGCUCGAGCAACUUGCCGAAAACGAAGUCAGCAGGGGCGGUCCGAGCGAGCUAGACUUCUUCUUGAGUGGACAGAGUACCUGA